GAAGCCUGGAGGAACAUGGCAACGGCAGCUCAGAUGUCUGAUGCCCAUCGAAGGUUCUUGCAGGUCCUGAUGUCACACGGGAUCAUGGAGGGAGCGGAGGCGAGGAAAUUACACAGGCACUGCUGUGAGAUCAGCAAAGUCUACUAUGCACAAGAUAAACUGGAUGAUUUUGUCAGUACCAUCAACAACCAGCUACAGCCUUUGUUCAUGCAGAUCCGGAAAGGAAUGUCUGAAGUUGAUGGGAAAACUCAUUAUGCCUUGGUGAAUAUGGCAGAAACUGAAAUUACUAAAAUGGCAUCUGACUAUGCAGAAAAUGAACUCGAAUUGUUCAGAAAAACAAUGGAUUUAAUCAUUUUAUCAGAAAAUGGUUUUGCCUCUUCUACGGAUAUUUUAAACUGUGCUGACCAACUGAAGACAAAGAAAAUGAAGAAAAAGGAAGCGGAACAAGUGCUGAAAGUUUUUGUGGAUGAUAAGUGGCUCUCUGAGAGAAAUGGGGAAUAUACUCUGCAUACCCGCUGCAUAAUGGAGAUGGAACAAUACAUUCUCAGCACCUACCCAGAUAUAGCAAAGAAGUGUAAUAUCUGUCACAGCCUUGCCAUCCAGAGCCAAGCAUGCGAAACCUGUGGGACUGGAAUGCAUUUACCUUGCAUUGGAAAGUACUUCAAAACUCAGUCUAACCCACGAUGUCCUCAUUGUAACGAUUUCUGGCCUUAUGAGAUUCCAGAUAGGAGCCAGAUAAAUUCCCAGUCAUCAUCAAAAAGAGUGAGCAGAAAAGAGCAUCAGUCUUCGUAGCUUUAGCUGAAGUUUGUAAAACUUGCUUUUAGUGAUAUUUAUUUUCCCAUUCUCUGGCAGAACAGCCAAACUGCACCGUAUUCAUUAGUAACAGUACUCUAUAAAUGUAUUUAUUUUUUCUAAAGUUUCAAUAAAUUUACAAUAAAACCGUCAUUGAC